GUGAACCAUCCCACACUUACACAGCUUGCCAAAUCUCUGCCACGUGUUUUGUCUAGGAUAGAGCACCUAAGACAGUCAGUUUGUAUGUUCGGGCAUAUCAAACGUGGAAGAAGUAGGCUGUGAAGUGUAGUGCAACUGCCUUACCAGCUGAUCCUGCUGAUCCUGGUGUCUUUGCCCUGUAUUUGGUGCAUCUCAUCCAACAGGGAAGUUCAGUCUCACUGCUUAACAGUGCUAUAUAUGGAGCAAGCUGGGUCCACAAGAAGAGUGGCUACCAGGAACUGAACGAGCACCCUUUAAUUCGGCAAGUAGCUGAAGCCGGUCGAAGAAUUUUAGCGAAACCACCUAAUCGCAAAAAGGCUUUG